CUUCUUCCUUGCUUUGCACAGGGCUCUCCUGGUGAACAAGGUCCUUCUGGUGCUUCUGGUCCCGCCGGUCCAAGAGGUCCUCCCGGCUCCGCUGGUGCUGCCGGCAAAGAUGGUCUCAACGGGCUGCCCGGCCCCAUCGGCCCCCCCCGGCCCCCGCGGUCGCACCGGCGACGUCGGCCCUGUCGUACGUAUCGGCCCCUCCGGCCCCCCCGGUCCUCCCGGCCCCCCCAGCGGCGGCUUCGACUUCAGCUUCCUGCCCCAGCCGCCCCAGGAGAAGGCCCACGACGGCGGACGCUACUACCGAGCCGACGAUGCCAACGUGAUGCGCGACCGGGACCUGGAGGUUGACACCACCCUCAAGAGCCUGAGCCAACAGAUCGAGAACAUCCGCAGCCCCGAGGGCACCCGCAAAAACCCUGCCCGUACCUGCCGCGACCUGAAGAUGUGCCACGGCGACUGGAAGAGCGGCGAAUACUGGAUCGACCCCAACCAAGGCUGCAACCUGGAUGCCAUCAAGGUCUACUGUAACAUGGAGACGGGCGAGACGUGCGUCUACCCAACCCAGGCCACCAUUGCCCAGAAGAACUGGUACCUCAGCAAGAACCCCAAGGAGAAGAAGCACAUCUGGUUCGGCGAGACGAUGAGCGACGGCUUCCAGUUCGAGUACGGUGGUGAGGGCUCCAACCCAGCCGACGUCGCCAUCCAGCUGACCUUCCUCCGCCUGAUGUCCACCGAGGCCUCCCAGAACAUCACCUACCACUGCAAGAACAGCGUCGCCUACAUGGACCGGGACACCGGCAACCUGAAGAAGGCCCUUCUCCUCCAAGGCGCCAACGAGAUCGAGAUCAGGGCUGAAGGCAACAGCCGCUUCACCUACGGCGUCACCGAGGACGGCUGCACGAGUCACACCGGCGCUUGGGGCAAGACAGUCAUCGAGUACAAGACGACAAAGACCUCUCGCCUGCCUAUCAUCGAUUUGGCUCCCAUGGACGUUGGCGCUCCAGACCAGGAAUUCGGCAUCGACAUCGGCCCCGUCUGCUUCUUGUAAACUGGACGCCCCACGCGUAACAGGAGAGAGUAAUAAUAAUGAUAAUAAUAAUAAAAAAAAAAAAAAAAACAGCCAAAAAAAAAGGAGAAAAUUUCACAUGGACUUGAAUUUGUGUCGGUUUCUAUCCAGCGUCUCUAAAACUAUUUGCGUUUCCAUAAAAGAAAAACCUAAAAAACACCCCCAAAAAAAGCAUUAAACCAAAAAAAAAAUAAAAAUAAAUGACUUUUCAAACAAAA